UCAAGAAAUGGCAACAGCCAGAAGUCACCAUCUUAUCCAGCACGUUAUGGGUACACUCUGGCGGCUCCUACCCCUGCGUCCUACCACCACCCUGUCCCGACUACGUCCACUAGGGAGUUGGAAGCCUUUGGCGGCUUCUGCCACUGCAUCCUGCCACCACCAUGUCCCGACCACGUCCACUAGGGAGUUGGCAGCCUUAGUGAUGAUGCCAAGCAGGCUGACAGCAGACAGAAAUAUUCAGGUUGCCUUGAAAUUUUACCCAAGCCAUGCCACAUACUCGGGCCAGGCCUCUUGCAAACUACGUAUAACCAGGCUCAACGCAUCACUGUCGAGUGAGUCCGGAGAUCAAGGAAACCUGCUGUGCAACCAUCGCGCAACACUUGGUGACCCCUCUACGUGUUCCAUCUAUCCAAACAGCAUCACCAGCUGUUUCUUAUCUGAUCGAUCACUUAUCGAACCAUGGAUGAAUGUUGGGGUGGAGUGAUUUGAACAGACAUUCUAUUUGUCUCUUCAAAUUCUUUGCAAAUGUUUCUAUUAUUAUAAUUCAUAUGUUUCUUUAGUACCUAGUUUUUAAUAGUUCCUUUCUCGUAGAGUUCUGACCAUCAACUCCUGCUAUUAUAAUGUAUACCUGUCUUUAUGCCCCGUUUCUCAUAGUUCUUUUGUACUUGUGGAUGUAAUUGAUAGGUUCUUAAUACUUGUUGUACAGAAGGCUAAAAUGCAAACUUACGGUAUUUUUCCUUCCUUUGAUAACCUACAGCACUGCAAUGUGUUCAAGAAAUUUAACAUAAGACGGGCUCUGGUGCAGGAUAAACUUAAGAGCAAUAUAGAGUACUUAUUUCAA